AUGUCCGAGCGCGGGGCGAGCCGGGCUGGAGAGGGCAGGACCCGGCACAGGGGCUCAGAGUGGUCCCGGCUGAGGGAAAGCAGGGUGCGUUCAAGGAGGACGCGCAGACGGGGCGGGGCGGGAGGGGAGCGCGGGGCGGGCGCCCGGGUGUCCCCACCUCCGCGUCGGGCCACCGCGCCGGGAGGGGGCGGGGUGCGUGCUUUUCACCCUUUGUGCGGCGCGGCGCAGGCCCGGGCGGCGGCCAGGGGCGCUUUGUCCUCGCCGGGCGGGGACGGACGGUCCCGGGUGGGGUGGGGAGGGGUCCUCAGCGCGCUUGUCCCCUCCCCGGGCGUCCGGCACUCACCCUCCGCAGCCACUGCGGGCGAUCUGCCGCUGGCUUGGGCCCAUCGGCCCAGGAUAAAGCUCGCGGGGCCCGGAGGCCGCAAAGGCGACUACGCACAGAGCCCCGGUAGCCCAGGCGUGCGCGUGGUGGCCCGGGGCUGCACCCUCCCCGGGCCAUCCCUCGUGUUUGUUAUGGUGUCGCGGCGGCCACCAGGCCCGCGAGAGCUGGGGGAGGCCGGGGAGAGGAGGCCCGGCGGUGUUGGGUUACCGGCGGUUCCUCCGGCCCUCGGCCUUCCUUCUGUCUUCACUCCUGUCCACUUAUCACCUUACACGGGACUCAGGCAACAGACUGCCUGCGCGACAGCCCCCUCCCUGCUGCCAGAGUCAUGGCCUGAAACACUGCAGGACUCAAAUCGCCCCCCACCCCUCUGCUCCGCUCUGCACUUGAUAAUCUUCUCUCCAAACUUCAUUGACUUAUUUCACUGACGCCGGAAACCCCUCUACCAGCCACUGCCUUCCUUCAAAGCACUCAGCAAACGCAAAGGCCAUGUUUAUUCUAAUCUAUUCAUCCCACCAGCCCUUACAGAAUCUCCCUGCCUUCAUCCUGAAGCUGUACGCUGCUUUUUCAAACAGUCCGCAGACCUGCAUGUGUAGAGGGUGAGACAAGUUAGUGGCCUGCAGGUCGAGUCCUGGGCCCCCGUUGAAUUGCCUGGGAGACUUUAGUCAAACGACUUAACCUUGUGAACCUUCUUCAGUUUGCUCUUGUUAAAAUAUGUGUCACUGGGUCUGGUUGAUUUUAGUUUUUGUUUGGUUUGGUUUUCAGGUAAACAGAUUGUGUCUGUAUUGGUCAUUAAAAUGACAAGUGUUCUGGUCCCUUCUCUCCCCCCAGGAUGUGGUAGGAAACUCUUACCUGACUCCCUCAAGGUACCAUGUGGCCAUAUAGCUUACAGAGCUUGAUAGAGUCAGUGCAAAAAUGAUCAAUCUUCUACCUGGAAGCUUUGACAGCUAGGGAGUAAACUGCCAUGUGCUCUCCUCACCUUGACAAGCAGUGCAGAGAAGGGGCCAGCUGAGACCCUGGACAGCGAACAGAAUAGUCCCCAGGACGCCUGAGCUGGAAAGGCAGCUUGAGCAAAGCCGCUUGCUGUGUUCAGCCGGUGAGAUGAUGUGUGUUCGUUACAGUGGCAGAGCCUGUUCUGAGAGCAUCCCUCAAGUGUGAGGGCUUUGUCCCACCUGAAGGGCCAGAACCUGCCACAAGCUGGCAGCUGUUUCACAACUAUAAACGCUGUGGAAGGUAGCUGCUGUAAUCUGUUUUCACUUGGGGCAGUCAUAUCAGACAGGUUUAAAACUUUGCCUAACAUCACUCAGCUUGUACUGAGUAACAGCCCUCCCUGCCCCUGGCCUACAGGAGCCAUGGGAAGGAGUAAAACCCACUACAGUGUGCGGCACAGUCAUGUCUGAGCAUUGGCAGCUCCUGCCAAGCCUGGAUUCCUGUAGCAUUGGUCAGUGUGGGUUUUUUAAUUACAUGAACCUCUCCUGUAUAUGUAUGCAUGUACGUAUGCAUGUGUGGGGUACAAGCUUUCAGAAGUCAGUUCUCUCCCUCCACCAUGUGGCACCUAGGGACCAAACUCUGACCAUCAAACUUGAUGGCAAGUGCCUUUAUCUGCUGAGGCAUGGCAUGUGUGGUUUAUUUUACACAGCACAUCUCCUCUAACCAGCCCAGGCUCCUUGGUUCAGAGUUUGAGUUCCAGAGUCAAACUGACCGGGUUCAAAUCCUGUCCUGACACUCAUGGUGACUGUCUUGAACCAUUAUUUUCCCUGUGUCACUGCCAGUUGGUGUGGGUCUUAAUGGAUAGGAUACAAACUCAGUAGGUGAUGGCUGUUGCUGUCAGGCUCACUCUAUUUCCUUCAAGCUCUGAGGAAUGAUGUGCAGUUUGAUCAUACUACUUGUCAGCUUCUGGUACUGUUGUAACAUCUGUACUCACAAGUUAGAGUAGCCUUAGGUUCAUCAUGGGGCCUUUAUUACAUUUGCUGUUUCAAAGCAACUUAAAGUGUGUAUGUUUGCUUUCUUAAGAAAGCUUUGUUCAGAAAACACAAUAAUACCAACUAUUGUUUAUCGUGUGUGUGUGUGUGUGUGUGUGUGUGUGUGUGUGUGUGUGUGUGUGUGUUAUUAGGAUCCCCAUUUCACUGUUGAGAGGAAUAUCAACAAAGGUUGAAUACAUUGUGUGCUAUCAAACAGUAACAGUAUAAGUCAGGAUUUGAACCCACUCAUCUAACUAAGGCUCCAAGCUGCCUGUGGUACAACUCGCAUGAGUUGCUGUUGUUGGUCUAUACUAAUAGGUGAGGUUUGACACAUUACCUAAGAUUAUGACAUUUCUAACUUGGAUCUGUGAGCUGAUGGACAGCUGACUUGGAAAUAGCCACUUUAGAACAUUCUUAUUCUUCACUAUGGCAGAAUAAAUCUGUCAACCGGAAAUUCAUACUCCUCCUUCCUAGGCCUUUCUGCCUGGGGUGUGUGGGGUUCGUGUGUGUGUAUCUCAUUCAAAGCAUAUAUAUAGUGGUUUAAAUAAACU